UCAUCAUCAUCAUCGAAAUUUAUAUCAUAAGAUUUUUUUUUCUCUCGCUAAAUAUUUGGUGCGUCUAGGUUAAAUCCACGACAACUGUUGCCAACAAAAGAAAAAACAAAAUAUGACAAAUUCACCAGAUCAUUCACCAGUUGAUGAUUCAAUCGAUCCGGACAAAGAGGCAAGGAUGUUGUUAAAUCCACCAAAUGAUUCGGUUCAAUUUACACCGAAUUCCAAUGCACAACGUGAUCCAACCAAUGGACAGGUUUUAUUAUCACCAUCUGGUUCCAGUGGUGGUGGUGCUGUGCCGAAUUCCGCUAUACGUAGCGGUGUUGGCAUGACUAAACAAGAACUGAUGAAAUAUGCUAACGAUCCAUUUUGGGUUCGUUUACGUACCUUUUUAUUCAUCUUAUUCUGGGUAAUUUGGUUCGCUAUGCUUAUUGGUUCAGUGAUUAUUGUGGCAAUGGCACCUGGUUGUCCAGCUACAGCAUCACUUCCAUGGUGGAAAAAAUCAUCAAUAAUGGAAUUGUAUUUGAGUGAAAUACCAAUAACUAAUCGUAGUAUUUAUGUUGAUCAAUUGGCAGCUAAAUUGGAUAAAGUUGAAUCACGAUUAUCAGAAUUGGCCGAAAAAAAUGUCGACACAAUUAUUAUCGGUCCAUUUGAUCCGUAUAUAUUGAUGGAUGAACCAAACGAUAAUAAUUCGACUCGUGAUUCAAUUGGUCAACUUCGAUCGAAAAUCACUGCAUUGGCUAAAAAUGAUAAAGAAAUUAAAGUUAUUGUUUCAUUGCGAUUACAACAAACACCAGAAUCAUUUUAUUGGUAUAAUUGGUCCAAAUCUAAUCAAUCCGAUUAUGAAGAUGUAUAUCUUUGGUCAAGUGAAAAACCAAAAACUCAGUUCUACAAAUAUGAUGUUGAUCGACUUCAAUACGUUGCAUUGAGUUCAAACAAUAGUCCACUAUUGAAUUAUGGUUCAUCUAAAGUACGAGAAUUAAUUCGCGAUACUAUAUUGUCAUGGAUGAAGACCAAAAUUGAAGGUAUUCAAAAUGGUGCCGUUUGGAUUCAAGAUCCGGCAACCGGUGAAAUGACCAAAUCUAAAGAGGCUGAAUUGGAUAUGAAACGUGCAGUGAAAACAGCCGGACAGAAUAAAGUUUUUCUUAUCACUGAUCAACAAUUGGCUGAAAGUGCAUUCGAAGAUGGUGAAGAAGAAGCUUCAUUCGAUAUGGCACCGGAUUCAAAAUUCUGGAAAGAUAUACAAAAAGAAUUUCAACCAGAUACACAAAAAGGAUUGAAAGAAUUAUUUGAAAAAAGAUUUGCACCAUAUGUUGAACAUGAACAACGAACAAUGAGUAAUGAGAAUAAAACCGAUGCUGAUAAUCUGGUAACCAGAGAAAAUGUUGGUAAACAUUGGCGUACAUAUCAGAUACAGCAUCCAGCCGAUCCAAGUAAUCGUAUCAAUCGUGAAUGGGGUCUAUCAAUGGCUGAAGGUGCAACGAUUGCCAUAUUUAUGAUGCCACGUGUUACACCAGCAUUACAAUUUGAUUUGGCAGCCAUACCAGAUAUACAAUCUGUAUUGAAUAAAUCAAAUAUACCGGAAAGAAUGCUAAAAUUAAGACAAGAUUAUCCAGAAACAUUUUUAGCUGGACGUACUAUCCUGCCAAAAGUACAAGGAUCAUCAUCAGUGUUUGCAUUGUAUCGUGGUGCUAAAAAUGAUAAUGGCUAUCUAUUGUUGAUUAAUCAACAGACAAAACCACAAACCAUAUCGAUUGAUUCUAAUGAAUUACCUUAUCAAGAUGUGGUCAUUUCUAGACGUGUCAUUAUGGUCAAUAAUGAUUCAAAGACAAAAGAUUCAAUAAUUGGUAUCGAUAUUAAUCUUAGCCAGAUAAAAAUGGAUGCCAAACAAACAUUAUUGAUUGAAUUUAGUGUCAAUUAACACGUACAAAAAAUAACAACAACAACAACAACAACAACAAAAACACGUUCAUAACUCAUUCAUAACCAAAAUAUGAAAAAGAAAAAAACAAAUUAUUAGAAAAAUAUCGAUUUUAAUUAUUUAGCAAAACAAUUUCAAUU